GGGCAGGAGGGAAGGGACAGGGUCAAUCUUCCCCAGGUGCCUCCUCCUCCUCCUCCAUCCCUUGGGAGUGGCCAGUGUUUGGGGGCAGAUCCAGGGGGAAGGGGUCCUUCAAAGGCUGGGACCCAGGAGCCCUGCUGCUGGGAAAGGCAUCCAGGACAGAGCUGCUCUGAAGUUUCAAGGGGGGAUCGAGGGCUUCCAGUCCACCAUGCAGAAGAUCCUGAUCCGAGGCGGGAGGGUGGUGAACGCCGAGUCCUCGCAGGUGGCCGAUGUCUACCUGGAGGACGGAGUGGUGCAGGCAGUGGGGCCCCAUCUCCAGCCUCCCUCUCUCGGGGGCCUCCAGGUGAUCGAUGCCAGCGGCCUCCUGGUCCUCCCUGGAGGGAUCGACCCCCACACCCACCUCCAGUUCCCCUUCAUGGGCACCCAGUCCAAGGACGACUUCUUCCAAGGGACCAAGGCUGCCAUAGCAGGAGGCACCACAAUGAUCAUUGACUUUGCAAUACCACAGAAAGGUGCUUCCCUCAUUGAAGCCUAUGAGAAAUGGAGAAGCUGGGCAGAUCCCAAAGUUUGCUGUGAUUACUCACUGCAUGUGGCAGUCACCUGGUGGAGUAACAAGGUCAAAGAAGAGAUGAAAACUCUUGCCCAGGAAAAAGGAGUAAAUUCCUUUAAAAUGUUUAUGGCCUAUAAAGAUCUCUACAUGGUGGGAGACCUAGAAUUGUAUGCAGCCUUUUCUCAAUGCAAGCAAAUUGGUGCAAUUGCUCAAGUCCAUGCAGAGAAUGGAGAUUUGAUUGCAGAGGGUGCAAAGAAGAUGUUAACUCUAGGAAUAACUGGCCCCGAGGGGCAUGAACUGAGUCGCCCAGAAGAAGUGGAAGCAGAAGCCACUCAGAGAGCAAUCACCAUUGCCAGCUCAGUGAACUGUCCUCUCUAUGUAGUUCAUGUGAUGAGCAAAUCUGCGGCCAAGGUGAUAGCAGAUGCUCGGAGGGAAGGAAAAGUUGUAUAUGGGGAACCUAUAGCAGCCAGUCUUGGGACAGAUGGCUCUCACUACUGGCAUAAGGAAUGGCCUCAUGCUGCAGCAUAUGUCAUGGGCCCACCACUGAGGCCAGAUCCAAGUACUCCAGACUUCCUCAUGAACCUUCUAGCAAAUGAUGACUUAACUGUGACAGCGACAGAUAAUUGCACCUUUGACAUCUGCCAGAAGGCUUUGGGGAAGGAUGAUUUCACAAAGAUUCCAAAUGGUGUAAAUGGUGUGGAGGACAGGAUGUCCAUUAUAUGGGAGAAAGGAGUGCAUAGUGGCAAAAUGGAUGAAAAUAGAUUUGUGGCAGUUACGAGCACAAAUGCAGCUAAAAUCUUCAACCUGUACCCAAGGAAAGGGACAAUAGCUGUUGGCUCAGAUGCUGACAUUGUCAUUUGGGACCCAAAAGCUACAAGGACAAUCUCAGCAAAGACCCAUCACCAUGCCAUUGACUUUAACAUCUUUGAAGGAAUGGUCUGUCAUGGAGUACCAGUUGUGACCAUUUCACGAGGCAGAGUGGUUUAUCAAAGUGGAGUGUUCCAUGUCACAGCAGGAGAUGGAAGAUACAUUCCUUGCAAACCAUUCCCAGAAUAUGUCUACAAACGUAUCAAGCAGCGUGAUCAGGUCUGCCAACCUGUUCCUGUGAAACGAACUCCUUAUAUGGGCAGAGUGAUUCCAUCCACUACAAAAUAAAAUAGAUCUCAUAACCCAAUGGAUCUUCUGCAGGUCAAAAACAGGAAAAUGAUUCCUCUGCCAUGUUUUUGCAAUCUGUUUUGGGAUCAUUUUACCUUUCAAUUUUAAUUCUUGAAGAUUUCUGAGUGAUUUAUCAGUUUGGCACGACAAUUCUGAUUACCUAAAAGUGUCAAUGGCACUUCCUGUCCUGCUAUUUCAUCAAUUGCUGUCUCUUAGAAUUGAAGAAGGCAUUUCUCUUUUACUCUGGAUCAUCCACUAUAAUGUUGCAUGAUUAUCUUCUAAAAGCCACUGUGAUUUUAUAUGACGAUAAGAAGAUACCACAUUCUGGACCUAUACCAUGAACAAGCUGACAAAACUGAAAUGAAUUAAUGGAGUCACCUUCCACAUGGAAAUUGUCAAAAACAUGUCUAUAAUAAUAUAAUGAAACUGCAGCAUAAUGGGUCGUGAAUAUGCAUGUACUUUGACUAGUAGGGAAAUCAUUGUUGCUGUUUUCUUAAUCAGAGAUGAGAAUUAUCUAGCCCUCCAAAUGUCCUUGACCUGCAACACCCAAAGAUUCUCUGCAAUAUAGUUAGUGAUUAGGAAUGCUGGAAGUUACAGUUCAGCAACAUCUAAUGGGUUGCAUGAUUUCCUCCUCUGUCCCACUGCCUUCCCUGCUGUGCAUGGUAAUUUGGAUCUCCUUUUGUUUCUGGUAUAUACAAUUAGGAUCAAGGGUAAACUUCAUCCAAUGUGGAUCUGAUUUAUGUAGUGCUAGAGAAGAGUUCUGUGGAUACAAUGGACGGCCAGAAAGACAAAGGCUGGAAUUCUGUACCAGAUAUUUGGUAUAUUUAACUUAGUAACCUCUCUUGGCCCAUCUACCCACCAGACUGACAGAAACAUCAUUCCCUUAUGCUCAAAUUGCCAAGUGGAAUGAAUCUUCUUCUUCCCAUGCAGCUGAUGCCCAGUCAAGUUAGGUGGGGAAAGACAUAUGACUGGAAAUAGUGUCACAAUCAUGUACUAUACUGUUAUAGUGGUAUAUUCCACUUUUACUGGCAUGGCUGCCUCCUCUGGCAUUCUGAGAUCUGUAGUUUAGUGAGGCCAUAGAACUUUCUGGCUGAGAAUUCUAAAUGUUCUUACCUAAAUUGCAAAUCCCAAGAUUUCACAGGAAGCAGCCGUAGCGGUAAAAGUGGAAUAAUAGUGCUAUAAUAGUUUAUUGCGGUACUGUUGUAGGUAAUGAUUGUGAAUGUGAAAUUGUUAUAGAUGAGUAAAUCUAGGUGACUGUUCCAUAUUCACAAUAACUACUUAGUCUUGAUUGUGACACUUUUGUCACAAUCAUAACUCCUCCUGCCCCUGAUCUACUUUACUGAGCAUGAGCUGCAUGGGAAGACGGAGCUCCAUUCUGCUGCUGAUUAGAGCAUGGGUGAAUGAUGUUUCUGGUGCAGAAUUCCAGCCAAAUAAAUGGCACCAAUAGUGAAUAAAACCUGAACUCUUCCUAGAAUCCAAAAUGACUAAACUGAAGCAUCAUCCUUUGGACAUAUCAGGAGAUGAUGUGACUCAUUAGAAAGGACAAUAAUGCUUGGUGAAAUGGAAGGCAAUAAGAAAAGAGGAAGACUACAUCGAGGGAGCCAUGAUUCUGAGUCUGCAAGACCUGAGCAGGGUUUUUGAUAGUAGUGUGGCUUGGAGCUCUGUCAGGCAUAGGGUUGCCAUAAGUCAAAGUCAAUUUGACUGCAACUAACAACAACAACAAUAAAACCCAGCACACAUGUGCUGACUGUCUCUUUAGGAUAAAUAGAACCAAUCUGGAUGAGCCUUUACUUCACUUGAGUGAAAGUAGCUCCUUAUCUUGUAGUAACUCACCUUUCUCAAGAAGAACUAUUUCUGGGUGACAUGCACAAGAUAGCUGACAUUGAACCUAUGACCUCAUGUAAGACAUGCAUAUGCCAUACCUCUAAGUGAUGGUUCUGUUGCCCCACUUCUCCUAUCCCUACAUCUGGAAAAGAAAACACUCUGUUCCCCCUACUAAUCUGAACUCCCCCAACUCAUUUUUGUUCCUUGGGAGCCUACUGGAACAGAUGCAUCCGUCAGUGUAAAUGAAGAGCUUGGCCAUGGCCCAAAGUAUGUCACAUUCAAGUACUGAGUAAUUUGGGGUAAUCUGGGGAAAUGAUUUGUUCAAUCUUGAAAUGUUAUAGAACAAAACAAAAAUAAGAAGUACAACUUUGUUGCUGCUCCAUUAUUGUCCUUGUUAACUGCCUCAAGCUGACUUCGACCCAUGGCAACCCUGGGAAGUGGAUGAGAUUUCUCCAUGACUUUCUGUCUUCCACAUGUACUAGUUACAUUUUGGGAGUGUCACUAGCCUGGAUCCUGCCAUUUUUAAUUCCCAUCCAAAAACAACUUAAACGCCCUUUCAUUAAUUUUCAGAACAGAAGCUGAUUUGAUUUGUAGAUUUUUCCAGAUCAAACUCAACAUUGUAUUUUAAAAAAAAGCGGGGGGGGGGGGGGGAAAGAAGAAAUAGUGGUUCUGCCUUGUGGGAUGUAGUGGAAUUGGUGAGUCAAUGGGACAAGUGGAGGUUUUGCAUGAGCAUCAUCACUGGUGCACACAAGAAGGAUGGGGGAGGAUGAGGUUACAGCACUACUAGAAGCAACGAUAGAAAAGAAAUAACCCUAAUUGGCUUUGAAAAACUAAAACUCUUCAUUUCAAAUUUGCAUCAUUCACACUGAGGAGAAAGCUAAAGUUCUUUCAUCUGUGAAAAAUAAAACAUGAAGUGGAAGGUGGCUGGAGGGACUGAGGACACUUGGGUGAGAAUAGCUAUGAAACAGGAAAGAAAAUAUCCACCCACACAAAAGAACAGUAGCAGAAAUAAGAACAAAGCAGCAGGAAGGAAGGAAGAGGAGAAAUCAGUGUCUCCACAGAAGGCAAAAAAGGUGGACUAAAUCAGUAUUGAAUGAAAUCUGUCAAUUAUAGAGAGAUUAUUAUUUCAGUGGCACAAGUUUGAGCACCUUAAGUAUAGCAGUGCUGAAUGAUGUAUGAUUCAGAGAUGAAUAGCAAACCAAUGUAAUAAAAAUUAAAUGCA